AUGUUGCCCAUUGCCCUGCAGGGUUCUCAGAGCCAGCACAAGGCCUACUCCCGGCCUGGCAUGCCACCUCGUUUCCAGAAACAGCACUCUGGAGGGGAUCAGCAGGGGGUAACCUCGCCACGCAGUCAGCCCCCGCACUCUCCCCAGUCGUCCCAGGCCACGCCCACCUCCCCCCAGCCCCACCCUGGGGCCCAGAUGAGGCCUGGACAGGGGCCACCAACCUCAUGGGGUGCCCCAUAUUGGAACCCCAUGCAGCAGUUCAUGGGAUAUGGUCCAAGACCACCAAUGGACAUGCAGGGUAUGCACAUGUACCCAGGUAUGCCACCACGUCGCACACGUACGGACAGUCACGGCUCGGGCACAGAGAGCCAGGAGGAGCGUGACAGCAGGGCUGCGUCAUAUCAGCAGCAACAGCAGCAGCAGUACGAGGAGGCGAUGAGGUGACAGCAGCAAAUGUUUGAACCACGCAUGUACGGGGAACAGGAUGACUACAGAAGAGAUUACCCGAAGUCAAACCGAGCUGGCCCCAUGGACUAUUUACAUCACAGCAACAGUCAGUAUGAGGAUAUAUCGGAUCAGGAAAACGA